CGCUGUCUAAAUAUGACCAGACGCCGCACGCCGCACGCUUCGGCUUCGUACCAUCUUCAUCUUUGUAUAGAAUAGAAAUGAGUGAAAUGACAGCUAGUGAAUUGUCGGCGACAAGUUAUUCAAGAAAUUUUCAGUUUUUUUCAAUUAAAAUAAUUUGAAGUACACUAAUUCAACCAUAAACAUAUCAGUAUCCCGUAUAUUGAGGUGAAAGAAUGUUCUGUUGUAAAUUCGUAAUUUGUAUAUGUAUUCAUUCAGGGCGAAGUUUUUAAGUCUACGUUUGUAAACUAAUUUUUAGGUUAGAAUAAGGAAGUUGGAUGUAUUUUUUCCUGAUGUUUUUAGUUCUAUGAAACCUGUUAUACACCCUGAUUUUUAAAUUUUACCUUUCCACGUAACGCUGUCGAAAAAUGGGAAUCAUUAUAGGAAAAUUCAGGAAGAAGAAAAGUACUUAUGACAUACUAGAGAAGCUAGAACAAGAAAUUGUCUCCAUAGAGGAGUUUGGUAGAAGUACUGAACAAACCAGAAAAAAAAUCAUAGGUCGGUUUGUUCUGUUAGCCAUUUUAGUGUAUGUUAUACUAGCUUUUGCUCUGUAUAUAUAUUAUCAGAGGAUAUCUACUAACCAGAGACUAAUAUGUGUGAUACCUUUAAUUGCGUUUCCUCUCAUAAUAUGGGUUAUAAAACGGUUCUUAACUUGGUACUACAGUAGGAAGAUAAAGAAAAAUGAAAAAAAGUUAGUAAGCCUGAAAGAUGAAAAGAAAAAAAUUUUGGAUAAUGUGAUGGAAACUGAGACAUAUAAAGUUGCUAAAAAAAUUUUAGACAAAUUUGGAAACGAUAUGUGUGUGUCAACUCCAGUGAUGAACAAGCCAACUGCAAUUGUUCCAAGUACUGCCAGGCCAUUUCAGACAGGUUUGCGGCAACGGAACAUUGGUCUUCACAGCACAAUAAGAGAAAGACUUUCUAUAGGAGGGCCUCAAACUUCCUUCCGUGCACGACAGCUCACAGCGUCCCCCAUUAUUGCUAACAGAUCUGUUUCUGGGCUUACAUCGGUAGUGCCCAGGAUGGGCCCGGUGCCUGGCACUCCUUUGCCUUUGCCAAGGAGCAUUUUACCAAGGGACCGAACGAUCCUCGACAAAAUGGUUGAUUAUCUCGUCGGCGAUGGCCCAUCUAAUAGAUAUGCUCUCAUUUGUAAGCGGUGUAACAACCACAAUGGUAUGUCUCUUAAAGAAGAGUUUGAAUACUUAUCGUUUCGCUGCUGUUAUUGUUCUGCUUCCAACCCGGCCCGUAAAAAGAGACCGACAGGUCCUAAAUUUGAAACAAGCCCAUUAAGAGCACUGCCUGCUAAUACUUCGGAUUCAGAUAAGAAUUCAGCAUCCGAUUCCGAUGCAGAGUCUACAAAGGCAAUAGUGACAGAACCAAACGAAGAUUUCCCUGAUAUUGGGAAGUUUUCUGACACUGACAAGUUAUGUGAUUCUGAUUUUAAUGAUUCUGGAGACACAGAAAAAGUUUUAAAUAUAACAGAUGCAGACGAUAACGUAAUGAGUCCAAUGGAUAUUAGUAAAUCUAUCGAAGAGGAGUUGGUGGAUAAAGAGGAAGCGCAAAAGAUAUCUGAAUCUGAAAAUGAGACUCGGGAAUAGAAAAGACUGAGUGGUUUGCUGUCUCAUUCAUCAUUGGUACAAAAUUAGAGAGGAACGAAGGUCUAAUUUGAAUAAUUUAAGAUUCCGUUUAUAUUUUUUUAAUUUAUUUAUUAAUUAUCUAACUUUAGAACUUAAUGAUUUUUUGGUAAUAAAAUGAUUAUAAUUGGAUUAUUGGUUUACAAAGAGCGAUAUAUUGUAAAUACAUGUACAUAAACAGGCAUUGUUAAAGUCUCAUAUUGUUGCCUUUUGAUUGUUAACGAAGCACUUGAUAACUUGAUUUAUUCCCUUUUUUUAUUAAUAGGUGGUUAUGGAAGGAUUGUUCAGUUUGCUUUUGUCAGGUGCCUUGCUGCCUUUUUAUACUUAAUAAAAGCUUACAUUUUCCGCA